AUGGCCCCUCCAGCAAAACCGCCUCCAAAUGGCAAAAAGACAAAGUUGUACAACAGCAGAACCAUCCGCACUGAAACCGUGGAUCCAAGCUAUAAAAACGGUGUUCUCAAUCUCCCCCAAUUCAUUGCCUCACGGGAGUACGAAAUCAAGGCUUUUGAGCAGUCGCAGCUCAACACAAAAGCGGCUUCGGCAACUCGAGUGUUCCAAAGCUUACCACGUACUCUCCGUCGAAGAACAGCCUCUCAUAAUGUGAAGAGAAUCCCGAAAAAACUACGGGCAAAGGGCUUGCGGGAGAUGCAAAACACCACGAAUGGCGUGCCGUCGAAAAAGCAACAUUCAAGAGGCCGAGAGCUACACCGGUUGAAGUUGCAGAAGCGUCUUUUGAGACUAGCCUCCAAAAUCAAGGACUCGCGUGGAGUUCCUUAUUCUCAGGGUGCUACCGUCAGGGAUAGAAUCCAAAGUUUAAACAAGCAGCUUGACGAGUUGAAGAGAGCGAAACGGAACAUUUUGAACAAUGCGGUGGCUGCACUGGACCGGUGCUGUGUUGGCGCUUUGAUGGCCAAACCGAGCGGAAAUAUCAAGUAUGCCAAUCGCCAGAAAACCUUCACUUGGAUGCCGACACACGUGUGGCACGCCAAGCGGUUCCACAUGACAAAGAGAUGGGGUUUCCAAAUUCCGUUUUCACCCAACCAAAAGUGCUUCCGCUCCACGAGUCGAGCUGCAAAGGAAAGCACACUAGCGUUCGAGUCAUCUUACUACGGCGAGCUUAUUGUCGAAUGCGGCAAUGAAAAUGCGGUGCAGAAGUUCUUGAACUGCUUCACACGCUAUGCUGGAAGUGUUCCCGCCUGGUUCCUUCAGGGAGAAAAGGCGUAUAACGGCUGGAUCUAUCUCGAUGAGCACAAGCUAGCACCAGGUGCCGUUUUAAUUGAUGCGUUGGCACAUAAAGUUUUGGUGAGGCUUCAUCCGAGUGUUUAUGAGCAAUUGUUUGCGGCUGUUGUGAGAUGGGCCGACGGGCAAUUCCCCGUUGUGGACUGUCGUUAUGCCUUGGGAAGCAUUGAGCUCCGAGGUCCUACAGCCUUAAACUCGUUGAGCAAAGUUUUGCAUUUGGAAGCCGACGAAAAGGUGGCGGACAACUGGCGGGCUUAUGCGCAAUAUAGAGACCCACGCUUGAUACCCAAGGGCACAUUGUUUUCAUUCCACGUCAAAGAUCCAAGAUUCUGGAAAAACCCCGUGAAUCCGCCUCCUACCCAAAAAGACGUGUCUGGCGUGCUUCUUAAAAAGGAGUUGGCCUCGGACCCGGAGGCUGUGAAAGCUCUCUUUAGUUCCGAGUCUCGAACAUACUCCUACAAAGACAUGUACUCCCUCAAGCAAAUUGGAAAAGAGUUCUCGCGGCGUGAUCCGUGCUCAUCGCAUAUCCAUGCGUCCAACAAAUUUCCGAUUUUAAUCUUCAAGACGUCGCAAGAGGCCUGGUGCGUUUUGAUGCCUUGGUUUUGGGUUCAGCCUGUGUGGAGCAAGUUGUCAUCCGUAAGCGCCGUCCAGCCAGCAGGAUUGCGUCAGGCCCACCAAGUAAACUUCGAGUAUGACAUCCCGACUUACCCUCAAGACUUUCCAUUUCUUCCUGAAGGGUACAGAGAACAUCUCAUGGCUACCGCUGCCGAGAAAGCAGCAAUAGAAAAGCUUCCAUUGAGCAAGCAAGGACCCACGAAAACUACCGAAGGGUUCUUAUCUAUGGGGGCCGACUGGUACUUCCUACGCAAAUGGAUUUAUGGUAUGCACUUUGUGCAAGAGAAAAAAGAAGUGGAUAUGAAAGCUGCAGGUGAGUUUGACGAGCAAAAGAACCGGAUUCUCAGAACACCCGAUGACUUGGCACUUGUCAUCGAUUCCACUCGAAAUGCUGAUGAAGCCCGUAUUCCCAUCGUGGCCUUCAACAAACGGGAUCCGGACCACGACAGAUUCGCAAGGAGAAACUUCAUCCCCAAGAAAAGUGACUUUUCACCAUUGCCUAUUGCGCAAGUCGCUCUCUCAUUAUCUAAAACAGGGUCAAUAAAGGAUAAUGCAAGGAUAUAUGAGCAAGUGCCUGACCCAGGACUCCAAAACUUGAUCGGUUUUGUUACUAGCGGCGCCUUUAAUUUUAAUGUGGGACACCCAACUGCUAUUGGCCUCGUAAGUGCGACCCAUAAAGACGUCCGAAGCGUUCUAGUAAGAAACGUGGGCUGUACCAGUUUCUCAAAGGCCAACCUAAGCCUAGUAUAA